UGCCGCCGUACUCUUUCUUUGAACCUUUGCUUCCGUGUACGUCCGUCUUCCCCGUCAUGGCUUGGGUAUGGCUUCUUUUGGCUGUCUUGUGCGCGCUUGGCGCUCGCUGCAGGGUGAGUUCUGGACUGACCGCGGAGUCAUUGUUGCGGCAGAGGCCCGAUCUGGCCGCCUACCAGGACGUCAAAAAGUGCACGUCUCCGGGUGCCACCUGGUAUCUUCUCUACCGAAACGAGAAGCAAGGACCCUUUGGGCCGGGUGACAGCUGCCUGAGGGACACCCAGAUGAGCAAGGUGGUCGAUGGGAAGGCCCUGUUCCGCUUGCGCUACGGCAAUGGCCACGAAAGGAACGCCACGUUCACAUACAAGUCUUCUGAUGGACGAAAUUUUAACGUCUUGCAGACUCAGUUGGAUGGCGCUUCACGUGUGGCAAAGUACGACAUGCUGUUCGUGGACUGUGCCCACUGCAGGAUCGUGAAGGACCAAAAAGGCUCCAAAUGUCUACUUUCGGUGCGAGAAUCUUCCCUCCGGCGCGGCGUUCCCCAGCAUUGCCACUUUCUCUACGACCUGCUCUGCCGGCCAUCGUCAAAGUACCAGGUCUCGGACUCCAGCUGCCUCCAAAACGGUCCGAAGUUGGGCUAAAGGAUUUCGAAGCGACAGUUCUCUCGCUAGCACAGACUCUUGGACGCAGAACAGCACAGAAUAAACCGUUC